AUGUAUGAAGUUAAUGUAGUGGCACGAUUUCAAAAUGCACGUUUGGAAGCUACUGUGAAGAUAUGGACUCUUGUAACACGAAUAUCUAAUGAAAAUCAUGUGGAUCCUGAACAGAUUGGUGGUUAUUUAAUCAGCUUAGAUUAUAAUGAAAUAGUAAAAAAUGGAAUUUCAUCGGCUUUCGCUUCUUCAUCAUCCUCAUCUACUUUAUCAUUGUCAUCGUUUGGAUCUGUAUUAUCAAAUAAUAACAAUAAUGAUUUAAUAUUAACUUCUGGAUCAGCAUUCCCAUCAAAUCCUGGAAUUGUACGUAGUCAUGAUUAUUUAUCAGUUGAUGCUCGUAUACCUAAUGUUUAUGAUGGUUCACCUAGCAAUAUAACAAUAAUUCGUUUUUGUUUAAUCAAUAAUUCCACAUUGAAAACAAUCGCCACAAAGACAAAAACAAAAUUACCAGAAGUAGAAAUGAUCAAUUCAUCAUCAUCAUUAUCUUCUCCUUAUUCUUCGAUCUCCUCUGGAUCCUUUUCAUUGAAUUCAAUAGAUUAUAAUAAAUUAUAUGCACCAGAUGAAUCAUAUUUAGUUGGGCAAAUUUAUGACCCAAUCAGUAAUGUAUACGGUUUACAGUUUACAUCAAAUUGA